CCUGCUGCUCAUUCAGCUUCAUCGCAUACAUCUGUGCCUUGUUGCUCCAUCCUGCAUUCACCUCCAACUCAAGUUCACAUCACACGUCCCAACACGCCUCACUAAGCGGUUUCUGGAUCUUUAAUAGCAUUAUCCUUCAGAAUUUUCGACCGACAGUAGUUUAACCAGCUGUACCGACGUUCAUCGCACAGCACAACAGCACGCCAUGGCAGACUCGUGCGGCUACAGAGCGCUGAUCGAACCAGAGAAAAUCGCCAAUCCCGCUCCACUGGGCCUCGCGUCCUUCGCGCUGACGACCUUCGUUCUGUCGGCCCACAACGCAGGGUGGGCGCCGAACCACGUGUGGAUGGGGUUGGCGCUGUUCUACGGGGGCGUGGGGCAGAUCCUGGCGGGCAUGUGGGAGUUCAAGCACGACAACGUCUUCGCCUGCACCGCCUUCACGUCGUUCGGCUGCUUCUGGAUGGGCCUCGCCACCUUCAUCCUCCUCGAACUCCUCGGCUGGGUGCCGAAGGAGAUAGUGGCGAACGCGCUGGGGUGGUACCUGUCGGCGUUCCUGGUGUUCAACACGUACAUGUUCCUGGCGACGCUGCUCAUGCCCAAGACCGUGUGCGUCACCUUCUUCCUGCUCGAGGUCACCUUCGUGCUGCUCGUCGUCGCCAACUUCACGCCCGCCAACAAGAACUGGAACAAGGCCGGCGGUUACGUCGGCGUCUUCACCGCCAUCUCAGCGGGAGUGACGUCCAUGGUGGCGCUCAUCAACACCGUCGCCAAGCGCAAAGUCAUCGACACCGGCAGGCCCUUCGUUGACUUCGGCCAAGAGAUGUAGCGCCUAGAAACGAUGCAUGAGCACCUGCGCAUGGUGCCACCCAUAAACCUGUUCCUCCGCAGAUUGAUGUAGGAGCCUCAUGCAAGCUCCAUCCUUUUGUGUUCAUUACUUUAUACAUAAUAUUGCUUAUAUUGCCAUAUAAUAUCACUGUACCGUAUGAUGGGCGUUGUGCAGGGUGUUAAAACAUGAGAAUUUUUUUGUAAUGAAAAUUUUACAGAUUG